AUGUGUUUAGCCGCUUGGCUCUUCCUCCUUCCCACAAUCUUUGCAUCAAUUCAAUUUGAAAACUCGUUAACAGGUGCUCCAAAGAUUCAUUGUGCCCACGGGGCGAUCACUCUCGAUGUCUCCACCGAGAAGCAGGCUCCAUCAUUCAUUUUUGCCAAAAAUCAUUUCAACAAGGAUGGUUGCUCGUUCCGAAACAGCACCCACGUCACUUUCAACUUUGAUCACUGCAACGUCAAUCGGAAAAGAGAGGUGCAACCAAAACGCGGCAUGUCCUACUCGUUGACGGUGAUGGUUCAACUACAUCCACUCUUCAUCACAAAGGUUGAUCGAGCCUAUCAUGUGCACUGUUUUUAUAUGGAAUCCGAGAAAGCUGUUGGAGCUGAGAUGAGCGUUGGAGAACUGAACUCGACAAAGAUCAGUCAAGAACUUCAGCCACCAAUGUGUCAGUACACUUUGCAUAAAGACUCAAUUCACGGUCCGAAUGUGCAAAGAGUGAAAAUUGGAGAUCCAAUCUAUCAUGUUUGGGAGUGUCCCACUGACGCCUUUGCGAUGUUGAUCCACUCGUGUGUUGUCUACGAUGGACAAAGCGGCACACAAGUUUCAGUUGUUGAUGAGAAUGGUUGCUCGAUGGAUCCCUUCCUAAUGCCCGAGCUCACUUACACCGACGAUUUGACGAAAACUUACACGCCAUCGCAUGCCUUCAACUUUCCCGACAUUCAACAAGUCUACUUCAACUGCAAGAUCAAGCUGUGCCCGCGAGGCCCAACCGGCGAGAACGAUUGCUCAGCGAUUACACCGCCUCGCUGUGGUGGCGCCUCGAGAACGACCAGCUCGAUCCAGUCGGCUAUCGACGAGUUCAAUCCGCACAAAUCUCUCACUGAAAGCCGAGAGAAGGGAGAUAGUGCGGAGACGCGGUCGCUAAAUGAGGUCAUCGAAAAGGAGCAACUCAUUCCAACCGUUAACUCUGAAAGGACAACCGCUCAUCUGCCGACUCAAUCAACGCAUGUGCAGACGACUGUUCGUGACGUUACUGAGGGCAAAACAACGGUGAUCAUCUUCCAAACGACGACCGUUCUCCCGCCAACCACCAAACCACCGACAACAACAGUGGUGAGAGCUGAGCGCUUCCCGACACCGGGCACACUGACCGGCUUUGGAAAGCAUUACAAUGGAACUGAAGUCAUUGAUGAGGGAAGUGGAUUGGAGAUUGGCGCUGAGCACGAUUCCCCGUCGAUCAAAGUACUGAGCAACGAUCGAAAACCUGGGAAACAGGGAAAAGCUAGAGAAAUCAAGCGAAGAGACAUCGUCGAGAUGGACGUCGCCUCGCCCGAGUUGACUGUUUUGGAGAAAGAUUACGAUUUACCUGAACCAUUGAGCCAACAAUCCCCAUUGCCCACUCCUCCACCAUUAAACGCCGCUCAAAACAGCUCCUCCGUUUGUUUACCUGUUUUCUCGCUAUGGGCGCUGGCUUUGUUGAUGGUUCUCUGCCUUUCCCUAUUGACGGUGGCCAUCUGCAGGACGUGCGCGAGAAGGGAUAAAUUUAUGCCUUAU